AACCAAGAAAUUUCUCUCUUGCCAGAUCUUACGGUUAUUGCAAAUCAGUCUAGAGCGGUCGAAGAUACUCACUACUACUCAACAACCGGCGUGCCCAGAUAAAAUUUUGGACUGAUUGCCCUUGAACCGUAUCAUUUUACUACCUUGAAAAUUCCCAUGUCCAAAAAAUUGGUGCCUGCAUCCUCUUCCAAUGGAGGGGAAAUGUAUGACGACGACGACAGUUUCGAAGAAGAACAACAUACAACUAACGUAAAUGGAAACGGCAAUGAGAACGGGUUCCAUAUACCCCCCACGGCCAGUCCCGUACCGGAUAAUUAUUCCAGUAUUGUUGCAUGUCCCCAUAUAAAGUCCGUUUUGGAAUCACGAGCUAAGGAAACUGUGUUUGUCACCUAUCGUCAAGCAGUCACGAUUUCACAACCAUUAAACCCAACACAAACUUUUAUCUCCAAUAAAGACGGCCAGGAAGUGUCUUUUGACAAGUUGUUGGCGAAGCAGGUUGCCAGCUUGAAAUGUACCGACUGUCACUUGAAUCAUUUCCAGAACUCCAUGAUCUGUUUGCAAUGUCCUCAUGUGGGGUGUUUUGGCAGUCAUAACCAUGCCAUGUUGCAUUACAAGUCUACCCAGCAUUUGUUUGCCAUAGAUUCGAGAUCAGGGUUGUUGUAUUGUUUCCUGUGUGGGAACUAUACCAAUCAUAGCGCCUUGGAAGAAAUCAGACUGGAGAUUAUGGGCAAUGGUGGUACUAAUAAUGUUGUUUACAACGAAGAGAAUUAUUCUGAUCCUAAUGAAGUUUCCAUUAAUGCAUUAAAGGGGUUUGUUAAUCUUGGUGCUACAUGUUUCAUGAGUUCCAUUUUGCAAACUUUGAUCCAUAACCCUAUUGUAAAAUAUCAGUUUUUCAACAAUGAUUUACAUUAUUUCAAUUGCGAACGGAAUCGACUUCAAUAUAUGAAUGGUGGUGUCAUUGAAGAAAAUAAUGCAUGUAUUACAUGUAGUGUUGAUUCUAUAUUCCAGUAUUUCUUUUCUAAUUCAAGUACUGAAGGGUUUGGAAUGACUAAUUUGUUGACUACAUCAUGGUAUAAAAAGAAAUCAUUGGCAGGAUUCCAAGAACAGGAUGCUCAUGAAUUCUGGCAAUUCUUAUUAAACGAGUUUCACUCGGAUCUUCAAAGAGUUAUGGGUCGUCCACUGUUACCAGCUUUGAAUGAUAAUAAUCAGUGUAAGUGUAUUACUCAUACUACCUUUUCAUUUGAGUUGCAAAGUUCCAUUAAGUGUGCCCUGUGCGAUCAGAUCACCGAAACUAUAGACCCCAUGAUUGAUUUAUCUUUGGAGAUCAAAAAUUCCCAAAAUAAGCAAAUUGACAUAUAUGAUUGUCUCGAUUUGUUCACCCUGGAAGAAAAGUUGGAUAUUUUGUACACAUGCAACUUCUGUGGUGACAAAACUAAACCAACCAAGAGAUUACGUCUUAAAUCCAUCCCUCCAGUAUUGUCCAUCCAAUUGAAACGGUUCGAGCAUAAGAAUGACUCCACUUCAAAAAUAGAAACUCCCGUGUCAAUUCCAUUGUUCCUUGACUUGACCAAAUAUUGUGAUGGCGAAAAUACUGAUUCCAUAGACGGAAAUAAAGUGUUUGAAUUGUUUGCCGUGGUUUGUCAUAUUGGGUCAGUCAAUACUGGUCAUUAUAUCGUGUAUAUCAAAGAUGGUAAUGGUCGUUGGUUCAUGUAUGAUGAUUCGGUGAUUUCUUUGGUAUCACAACAAGAUGUCACUAACAAAAAUGCAUAUUUAUUAUACUAUAUAACACAUAAAAUCUAGGUGAAUGUGUUUCGGUUAAAGGUUUCAUAGGGUAUAGUUUAGUUUAUACAAAAAAAUAUACAGGUAUUUCCUAUGCA